AUGGCCUUGCCACCACACCAGACUGGAUCUGCUCGGAUGGGAUCCGCCCCUGCUUCUGCUAUUCAAGUGCCUACGCAUGAUCCUGCACUUCUUGGUGGUGGUUCUUCUAUUCCAAAUAUAGGAGGUCCAUCAGCAUGGUGGCCUGGACCUUUGCCACAAGCCACAUCUUCAGCAGCCACAUCCACAAAUUGUGGUAUGGAUUACUAUCCACCUGGUGGUUUUAUGAGCAUUUUACAAUCUGGACAACCAUUCUUUCCUCAUGUUUCGGCACCAUGGCCACCUAUGGGAAAGGAAUCUCAAUUAGCACCACCAAAAAAUGACUCAGGAAACCAAAAUUCUAAAAAGAGAUCGAAAGGCAAAACCAUCAUCAACUUAGAUGAUGGAAACGAUGGCAGGACUGCAAAGCGCCUUGUAUUUGAUCCAGAUGAGGACGUGAGGCUAGUCAGUGCAUGGCUGAUCCACUCAAAUGACCCAAUCAAUGGGAAUUGCAAGAAAAAUGAGAAGUAUUGGGGUGAUGUACAUGGACACUACAAUAAGACUACACCUACAAACCGAAAAAGAGAGGUGAAACAUCUCAAAGAUCGCUGGACAAAAAUUAAGAGAUGGGUGGCAUUUUUCUGCGGAAGUUGGAAGAAGGCUACCUCAAUUUAUCUUAGUGGAUAUUCAGAUGAGCAGCUAAAAGACAUGGCUAAGCAGUUUUAUUUGGAUGACUAUAAGGAAGGACCAUUCACAGUUGAGCACUGCUGGAAGAUUCUUCGUGAUGAACCCAAGUGGCAUGCAGUUUUGGAAGAACUUGAAAACCCAAAUAAAAGGAGUUUGGAUGGUGAAGAUGAGGCAAUUGGCACCUCAAGGACACCAGAAGCUGUAGGAGAAUUAGAACGUCCUAUGGGGACACAACAAGCUAAGAAAAAACGCAAUGGUAAAGGUAGAGUCAGCGAUGAUGAUGAAACAUCCUAUGAUGAAGACUUGAAGAAAUUCAUUGACAUUCAAGCAGCAACAAAAAAACGACAGGAAGAUUUCGUAGAGGCACAAGAACGCAUUUCUGAAAAGAAGUUUCAGACAGCAAGGCUUAACAGGGAGGCCGCUUUACUGGAAUCAUAUCAAAAACUCUUGUGUAUGGACACUAGGGAGAUGACAGAGGAUAUUAGAGCUGAGCAUGUCCUUGCCUUGAAGAUGCUAAGGGAGAAAUUGGCCGGUAACAAUAACUAA